GGAUUGGGCUUGAUAUUUUUAACUGAUUCUUAUUAAUACUCUCUUUUAAAUACCAACAGCUAUUUGUCCAGGAUUAGAAAGAUUUGUAACUCUGGAUAAAAUGAUUAUCAAGCAGGAACCCGAGCUCAUGGAAAUUUUCUGUCAUUGUGAAGGAAAAAACCGAUACUCGAUUCGGGAUGAGCACGGUAGAGAAUUCAUGCGAGCAACGGAAAAUACUUGCUGUUGUUACAUGCGAUGUUGCUGCUGCACAAACAGGCGUCCCUUCAAUUUUACAGUUGACGAUUUCGACGAACACGAAAUUUACUUGGACCGGAAGGUUUCAUGUAACUCAUGUUUCUUCCCACGUUGUAUGAACAAAGUGGUCGUGACUGCUAAAAAUGGAGAAACACUUGGAUUUGAGAAACAGCGCUGGAGUAUGUGCAAAACAUAUUUCAACAUAAAAGGUGGAAAUAGUGAAAAAGUAUUGAGAAUUUCCGGCCCAUGUUGCACUACGUCUUGCUGUUGCGGUAAUAUCAAGUUUACGAUCAAAGACAUGGAUGGCCAUCAAGUGGGAUCGAUCUCCAAGGAAUGGGGGGGCAUAAUACAAGAGUCAUUUACAGACAUUGACAACUUUUGUAUCACAUUCCCAGUGGAUUUGGACGUAAAAAUCAAGGCUGUUUUAGUGGCAGCUACCAUACUCAUUGACUAUAUGUUCUUCGAAAACACCAAGGAACCCAAACCUUAAGAGGGAUUUAAAGGGAAAAUUCAUACGUUGGCAAAAUAAAAUAAUUACCAAUUGCUGUAUAUUUACAAUAUCAUCCUCUGAAUUUCUACAAAUUCAAUAGAACCAAAUAAAUUGAAACGAGAAUAUUUUCAAAAGUAA